AUGGCCCGCAUAACGCAGUUGGCCGUCUUCCUUACGCUUUCCCUUUUCAACAUCUUUGGCGCACAGCUAGCCCUUGCCGCGGAGAAUGGUCCCGGCUCGGCUUCCAUCUUGACCUCCGAGGUCGGUCGCCUCAACAACGAAAGCUUGUUUUGGGGCCCCUAUAAGUCGAACCUGUACUUCGGCGUCCGCAACAGGUCUCCCAAGAGUCUGUGGACUGGAUUGAUGUGGUCCAGAGUUGAUAACUACCAAGACGUUCAGCAAGGUUUCCGCUACACAUGCGAACAACAUGAAGGUCUCCAUGGCUAUGGAUGGGACGAGUAUGAUGCCCGAAAGGGAGGUAUCCAGUCUAUUCAUGAUGAAGGCAACCAGAUCGACAUCACCACGUCGUUUGUCAAGGUCCCUGGUGGGGCCAACGGCGGCAGCUGGGCCGCAAGAAUCAAAGGUGUUCCGAGAGAGGGUGCACCCGCCGACUUGAAGACCAUGAUCCACUACUACAUUGCCGAAGACAACAGCGAAGCAGAGCUUGCCUUUUCAGGCGAGAACGACCCCACUGGCUUUGAAGGCGAUGUCGCAUUCGAGGGUUCUUCUAAGGAGCUUGGCAAGUACAAGCUGGUGAUCACCAAGGGAGAGGGCAAGCACCCUUCCAGUAGUCACGAUUUGGCCGACAGAAGACACCUGGACCGCACGACGGUACGGUCUCUGAAUGUUCCCGAGGAGCAUCAGUGGCAGGGCAAGGGCGUUGUCUUCAACCUGAUCCAGGAGAGUGUCAAGUUUGUCCAGGAGAACUACGAUACGAAUGAGCCGCCCCCGGCAUACCUCACCUACCAGGUCGAGAACAAGCCCGGAGAAGGCAACACGCACGUCGUCCAAAAGAUGUUUGAAGGGGCAUUCGAGUUUGAUGUCAUCUUUUCGUCUGCCUCUGCUGGCCCCGAGCUCACGAGCGCGGAUGUGACGCGCGAGAUCAAGUCGGUCACCGAAUUCUUUGGAGAGCGCUUCUCUUCGAUCUUCAGCCUGAAGGCUCCGUUCACUGCCGACAAGUACAAGAAGUUCGCCAAGAGCAUGUUCUCUAACCUGCUCGGUGGCAUCGGCUACUUCCAUGGUUCUCAGCUGAUCGAUCGUUCUUACGCGCCCGAGUAUGACGAGGAGAAUGAAGGUUUCUGGGAAGAGACGGCUGCUGCGCGUGCGCGCAAGCAGCAGGAGUUGGAGGGCCCUUAUGAACUCUUCACGGCCGUCCCUUCUCGUCCUUUCUUCCCUCGAGGAUUUCUCUGGGACGAGGGUUAUCACCUCAUUCCCAUCGCCGAUUGGGACAUUGAUUUGACUUUAGACAUCGUGAAGAGCUGGUUCAACACCAUGGACGAAGACGGAUGGAUUCCUCGCGAGCAGAUUCUCGGUCUUGAGGCACGCAGCAAGGUGCCCGAGGAGUUCCAGGUUCAGUAUCCGCAUUACGCCAACCCUCCCACUCUUUUCCUCAUCAUCGAAGGCUUCAUGGAGAGGCUCCGUAAGACCAACGGCAGUCAACCCGCCGAAAAGGAGCACCUUGGUCCUCAGGCUUCCCUUCAGACUGCCCACCUGGACAACGUCGAGCUCGGGGAGGAGUUCCUCCGGAGGCUGUACCCGUUCGUUCGCGCGCAGUACGACUGGUUCCGCAAAACCCAGCGAGGAGACCUGAAGACCUACGACCGCGACGCGUUCUCAAACAAGGAGGGCUAUAGAUGGCGCGGCCGCACCGAGACCCACAUCCUCACCAGCGGUCUUGAUGACUACCCUCGCCCUCAACCCCCUCACCCCGGUGAACUCCACGUCGAUCUUAUGUCCUGGGUUGGACUAAUGACCAAGUCGCUAAUGAAUAUUGCCGACGCUUUGGGCAUGGCGGAGCAGGUUGACGAGUUCAAGACUACCCUGAAUGCCAUCCGUCGCAACCUGAACGACCUCCACUGGUCUGAGAAGGAGGGCUGCUACUGCGAUGCCACGAUUGAUGCCUACGAGGAGAACGUUCUCGUCUGUCACAAGGGCUACAUCUCACUGUUCCCCUUCUUGGUCGGCCUCCUCGAGGUCGAUGACCCCAAGUUGGGCAAGCUUCUCGAUCUCCUCGGCGACGAGGAACACCUCUUCAGCCCCCACGGUCUGAGAAGUCUGAGCAAGCAGGACGAGUUCUACGGUACGGCCGAAAACUACUGGAGAAGCCCGGUGUGGAUGCCAAUCAACUACAUGGCCGUCUCCCAGCUGAGAAACGUCGCCUCCCAAGAUGGCCCUUACAGGGCCAAGGCCGCCGACCUCUUCACCCGCCUCCGCAAAAACCUUGUCGACACCGUGUACAACAGCUGGGAGAAGACUGGCUUCGCCUGGGAGCAGUACAACCCGGAGACGGGUGAGGGCCAGCGAACCCAGCACUUCACUGGCUGGACGAGCUUGGUCGUGAAGCUCAUGGCCAUGGAGGAGCCCAGCAAGGCCGGCGGCGGCCACGUCAAGGACGAGUUGUAG